AUGACGACGGCAGGUGCGACUCGCAAGCUCAAAGUGCUCAUGGCGCACGGCUACACGAGCAAUCAAUUCCAAUUCUUCAAGCGAUCCGGCGCGAUUCGAAAGGCAUGUCGAGACGUUGUCGAUUUUACAUUCAUCAACGGUCCGUUGCUGGUCCAGCCCAUCACGUCGGCUGGCGAUUUGGAUGCUCCGGAUGUCGAAGAUGGCAAGGUCGUAGACGAGACCACUCCGAUCGAGGAGCAGCCACGAGCGUGGUGGAGGGCCGACGAUGAUGGCAACUACCUCGACUGGGAUAAGUCGGUCGACUACAUCAACGACGUGCUGGCCAAGGAGGGACCCUUUGACGGCAUUGUAGGCUUUUCGCAGGGCGGCUGUCUGGCCGGUAUCCUCGCUAGUGCUUUCGAGAAGCCGGACCGUAUGCCUGGACUUCGACUGCCGAAAGGCCAGGGAGCCUUGAAAUUUGCUGUGGCUGUGUCAGGAUUCCGCAGUCGAGACCGGCUCCAUCAGAAGCUGUUCGAGAAACCCAUCGAGACGCCUGUUCUGCACGUGCUAGGACGUGCCGAUCAGAUCGUGGACCUGGAACGCUCGCAAACUCUCGUGGACGUUUGCAAGAACUCCCGAGUCGAGCUCCAUGAUGGCGGACAUUCGCUGCCUUCCCAGGCUCCAUGGCGAAACUUUUUCCGUGACUUUUUUGCCACGUUCACGUCGGACCCCUACGUCCCCAACGACCAAUGGAAGACCAUUCCAGGACCAUCCGAGCGACCGCGCGGCGAAACGCCUGUGGGAUCGGGAACGGUGACGCCGACGCCUGAUGCAACUGAGGCGGCUACCACGGCGUCGUCAACGUCUGCGACAGGUGAGCGUGACAUCGAUCCAUCCAACCCUCUGCGAUCGGUCCCUAAGAAAAAAGCCAAUUCGCCCUUUCUGGUGCAUCAGAAGUGGAAGCAGGAACAGGAGCUAAGAAGAAGAAAAGCAGCCGAACAAGACUCUAGCAGCAGCAGCAAAGGCGGAAAGGAAUCGCGCAGAAAGCAGCACGAUGGCCAACACGUGACGACGGACCUCACCAGUCCACUGAAGUUGAUUGUCAAGCUGCUUCGUUUCGCCAUUAUGGCGACGGCGGUGGCAAUGGUCUCUGGCUUCUUUGUCGCUGGCGAUCCGCUUUGGGGCUAUCGUGGCAAGUAUACAAAGCUGAGGACGUACUUGCCCUACCGAGAAAAGAUUUUUUCGCUUCCAGAACUGGCCAUGUACAACGGUCGUGAUCCGAACAAGCCCAUCUAUGUUGCCAUCCUCGGUGAUGUUUACGACGUCACUGAAGGACGACGCAUUUAUGGGCCUGGUGGGUACUAUUCCUUUUUCAGCGGAAGAGAUGCUAGCCGUGCGUACGUGACGGGCUGCUUCAAGACGCAUUUGACGCACGACGUACGUGAUUUCGACGACAAGCAGAUGAAUGAUCUGAUGACGUGGAAAGACUUCUAUGACAGCCACGAACGGUACUUUAAAGUCGGUCGUGUGGUUUUACCUCGGAUCGAUCCGAGCAUCCCUGUUCCUGAACCCUGUGAGGAUGCGUCUGCCCAAAAGGCCUGA